AUGGAGCCUGUUCCCGAGACGGAGCGGAUGGAGGAGUUUCGUCCCUCACCGCUGCCAACCUUGCAUCUCGGAGCCUCCCAUUACGACUCCUCGCCCGACCUCCACAUCAUAAAGAAACCUGCCAACACUCGACGCAGCACCGACCCUACUCCAUCCAGCUACACCUCGAGCUACUCGUCUUCAAACUCCUGGGUGCCCUCACCUACCGCCCUACCCUUUCGCCCGCGCACCGCCUCUCCGCUCUCCAACUCACAUACCCGCUCAUUGUCUGCCACCAGCAUCACCUCUGCUCACCCCAUGUCACGGACGCGAUCUUUGCCCGGCGUCAAUGCCUCUGGUCACAUACUUGUCUCGCCACAUUUGCGUCCCGCUAGUCCCUCCGAGCCUAGCCGUGUGCGAACUCCUCGUAAAUCCUCCGACGAAGCUUUUCCGCCCAUGUCUCCCGUGAGAACGACGGUCCUAGAGCCAGAAAAGCGAUGUUCGGAACGAAGCAUCUCGCCUAGUCUGAGAGGUUCCUCCAGCUCUUCUACCCGCUACCGCCGAACUUCGUCACCCUUCCAAAAUAUGCCACCUUCGGCUAUCAGCUCCUAUACUACUCUACCGACCACACCUUCCUCCACCGCUUCCUCACCCCUAUACAGGGGCUAUGAUAGUUAUGGCGGAAGCCUUUCGUCUUUCCCCUCGACACCUACUUCUGCCCGGUCACGGAGUCCAAGUAUUUCGAGCCUGGAAACGAUACCCGAUUCGCCAGACGCUGAGGAGGCAGCCCUCGAGGCAGAGCGCCUAGCACAGCUGCAGGUGGCUGCCAACGAGGCAGCAGAGGGCAGCGACUCGUCAUCCGAUUCCAAGGGGCGGAGCAGCGUCGACACGCCGAGUCGUGGUCGGACUCUGACUUUUGGGCCCCGUGACAAGCGCAAGCGAUGGAGUGUUUGUGGCGCCGAACGACGAGGCGAUUUGGACCUCGAAACUAUUUGGGAAGAUUGA